GGUUAGUUGGUUGAUGGACAAGAAUAGACACAAAAUUUCACGCAAUACUAUCCGAGAAACUGAAAAUCUAAGAGGGACGCGACAACGAAAUGUCUCGUCGCCAAGUGUCGUUUUACUGACUUUAGUCAACUACAUGAACUUAAUAGAUUUAAAUUUUCGAGUUAUACUACGCCAAUGUUUCCACGAACGAUAAGUGAAGAAGUUCACGGUAUUCUGUCAAGUUAACCCUAAGUGUUGUGAUAUUCGGGAUAAAUGUUGAACUGAAUUAUAUAAUUAGCGGGUAAAAUGAAUUUACCCAGUGUAAGUGAUUAUUCUUUGUUAGAAAAAAUCGGUUCAGGAAGUUAUGCGACUGUCUACAAAGCGUUUAAAAAGGAUGGAUGCCGAGAGAUAGUCGCAAUCAAACGUGUAGACAAAUCGUCGCUCUCCAAAUCAGCUAUUGAUAACAUCGUCACAGAAAUCUAUCUCUUAAAAAUAUUGCGUCAUGAAAAUAUCGUCGAAAUGAGGGAUUUUUUUUGGGAUGAAGGGCACAUAUACAUCGUAAUGGAGUACUGUGAUGGUGGUGACUUAUCAAGUUUUAUAAAGAAGAGGCAUAAGCUACCUGAACAAAUUUGCCGUAAAUUUUUGCAGCAACUCGCACUUGCUUUGAGAUAUCUACGUAAUAAUAAUGUUUCCCAUAUGGACUUAAAACCACAAAACUUAUUACUAAUGAGAAAACCGCAAUUAACAUUAAAAGUUGGAGAUUUUGGUUUCGCUCAGUAUCUUUCAAAUUCAGAGCAAAAAUUUGCAAUUCGUGGUUCUCCACUUUACAUGGCACCAGAAAUUUUGUUUAAGCGCAAGUAUGAUGCUCGCGUUGAUUUAUGGAGCGUCGGAGUGAUCAUGUACGAAUGUCUUUUUGGUAAAGCUCCAUAUUCUAGUGGUAGUUUUCAAGAAUUAAUUGAAAAGAUCAAGGACUGUCGAUCUAUAGAGUUACCGAAAGGUUCGCACGUGUCACAUGAAUGCAAGGAUUUAUUGAUGUCCUUAUUGAAGCAUGAUCCUGACAAGAGAAUAACGUUCGAUGAAUUUUUCGGUCAUGAUUUUCUGGAUUUGGCUCAUGCGCCAACAAAAGAAAAUUAUGAUAAGGCGAUAGAAUUAGUUCAGAAUGCUGUGAAAAUGGAUGCAGAGAAAAAUUUAAAAGAAGCAUUUCAUUUAUAUUGUGAAGCUCUUAGAUAUUUUAUACCUAUUGUUACAAAUGAGACUGAUUUAAAACGAAAAGAAAGCUUAAGAUUACGUGUAAAUGAUUACAUUAAAAGAGCAGAAAUAUUGAAAGCGUCAUGUAUAGAUAAUAUUGAUGAUAAAGAUAAAUGUAAAUAUGUGCAUCAUAAAGAAAGCUCUUCGUCUAUUCAAAGAAUAUCAUCUUUAAAUGAAAGAUCAUCAUCUGCAUAUCAUGAGCUGCGAAUGCUUAGCAAAAGUACAGUUGGUAUGAUGGAUGCAUUUGAAAUAGGAGAAAUUGCUGAAUUAUAUCUUGCAGAAGGAAAUUAUGCACUUGCAUUAGAAAAAUUUCAAUCGUGUCUAGCGAUAUUGGUACCUCUGUUAGGAAAAGAACCAGCAGGUCGAAGAAGAGAUCUAUUGCAUAAACAGGUACAAUUUUGGAUGAAAGAAGCCGAAAGUACCAAAGGACUUUUAGCUACUAAAGAUAUUGAAGAGUCCGCGCAACGUGGUUCUGAUGCAUCAGAGCAAUGCAUAAUUCAGUAAUUCAAAUUUUAAUAUAGAAUAUUAGUUAUUUAUAUUAAUAAUCCUCAAAUUUUUGUGAAACAAAUAUAAAUACAAUGUUAUUCAAGCAAUUUAAUAUAUGUAUAAUGUUGUCAUUUAUUUAUGAAAAAAUAAAUAAUUUUAUAUCU